AUGGAGCCUCAAGGCUCCCUCCCAGAGGCGUCGGUGCCCCCUGGGACCUUCCCAGGGGUAGUGGUGCCCACAGGAGCCCUCCCAGGGACGCCCUCUGGGGCCUUACCAGAGACGGUGACGCUCCCAGGUGCCAUCCCAGAGGCAAUCCUACCGUCAGUGUCCCCUAGAGGUCCUACCGUCAGUGUCCCCUACAGGUCCUACCGUCAGUGUCCCCUACAGAUCCUACCGUCAGUGUCCCCUACAGGUCCUACCGUCAGUGUCCCCUACAGGUCCUACCGUCAGUGUCCCUACAUGUCCUACCGUCAGUGUCCCCUACAGGUCCUACCGUCAGUGUCCCCAAGAUCCUACCGUCAGUGUCCCCUACAGGUCCUACCGUCAGUGUUCCCUACAGAUCCUACCGUCAGUGUCCCCUACAGGUCCUACCCCAGUCAACCAGUCCACAGCCAAUCCACAGUCCCCCACAGCCAGUCAACCAGUCCACAGCCAAUCCACAGUCCCCACAGCCAGCCACCAGUCCACAGCCAAUCCACAGUCUCCCACAGCCAGUCAACCAGUUCACAGCCAAUCCACAGUCCCCAACAGCCAGUCAACCAGUCCACAGCCAAUCCACAGUCCCACAGCCAGUCAACCAGCCCACAGCCAGUCAACCAGUCCAGCCAAUCCACAGUCCCCCACAGCCAGCCAACCAGCCCACAGCCAAUCCACAGUCUCCCACAGCCAGUCAACCAGUCCACAGCCAAUCCACAGCCCCCACAGCCAGCCAACCAGUCCACAGCCAAUCCACAGUCCCCACAGCCAGCCAACCAGUCCACAGCCAAUCCACAUUCUCCCACAGCCAGUCAACCAGUUCACAGCCAAUCCACAGUCCCCCAACAGCCAGUCAACCAGUCCACAGCCAAUCCACAGUCCCCCACAGCCAGCCAACCAGUCCACAGCCAAUCCACAGUCUCCCACAGCCAGUCAACCAGUUCACAGCCAAUCCACAGUCCCCCAACAGCCAGUCAACCAGUCCACAGCCAAUCCACAGUCCCCAACAGCCAGUCAACCAGUUCACAGCCAAUCCACAGUCCCCAACAGCCAGUCAACCAGUCCACAGCCAAUCCACAGUCCCCCACAGCCAGUCAACCAGUCCACAGCCAAUCCACAGUCCCCACAGCCAGUCAACCAGUCCACAGCCAAUCCACAGUCCCCCAACAGCUAGUCAACCAGCCCACAGCCAGUCAACCAGUCCACAGCCAAUCCACAGUCCCCCAACAGCCAGUCAACCAGUUCACAGCCAAUCCACAGUCCCCACAGCCAGCCAACCAGUCCACAGCCAGCCAACCAGUCCACAGCCAAUCCACAGUCCCCCCACAGCCAGUCAACCAGUCCACAGCCAAUUAA